CAGACAUCUACACUCUCUCUCGAUACACACAGCUCUACAUCAGUUUGGACCCAGAGAUCGUUUCGGCUUCGAAUUAUUCCGCACAAUGUCCGAGGGCUUCAAGAAGCAUUUCAAUGCAACCACAGUAAAUGGUCGUGCCAAUGUGGCCAAGGCCACGUAUGCCACCAUGGCCCUGCUGUAUGUCGUGUACCGCAUUCGCCGGCGAUCGGGCAAGAAGCCCGCUGAGGGCGGUGGCAGCGACGGCGGCAGCAUACUGGCCGAUGGCAGCUGCAGCUGCGACAAGGAGCGCGAACCAGCAGGCGAUUCGGGUUUUUAUGAGACCGAUCCCGAGUGCGGUUCGUGCCGGGAGCGCUCCGAGCGCGCCAUGACCGAGUACGAUCGGGAGCAGCAACGCCGCUCGGCGGCCAAGGCACGGCAGGAGAACAAAAAUGAAUGCAAAUCCGAUCCGCCACCACCGUCCUCCUCGGGUGGGGCUGGCGCUGGUGCUGGUGCUGGGGCGGCGACUCCUCGUCGCAAAUGCCCCUGCGACAAUCCGCACCAAAAGAGCAGCAGCAACGAGGCCAAGGCCUACAUGCAACGGCAACAGCAGAGAUCCUACGGCUACCAGUUUCCACAGGAUACUGAUGAUGUGCGUCCGGCCAGCGAGUUAGCGGCACAGGUACACGGGGCCAUCUACAGUGUGCUGAGUGGCAUUUAUAACUCAGUCAUGGGCAGGGGAUCAGCCGAAACAGCCACCACGGCUACCACUGCCAAACAGCGACAGGCAAGCGGCGGCGGCAACUGCGUGGACACUGCGGCAGGUCAAGCACCUCCGCAGGCAGGCGACGAGGAGGAUGUGAACUGCUCGCGGUACGAGGCCAUGGACUGUGAGUGCGAACGGCGCACAAAUCCGCGCUGCUGUGAUGCUCCUUCGGACGAAGGACGAGCCCCACCAGAAGAUGGCGCCAGCAACAAUCGAUCAGAGCAGCCGCCGCCUUAUGGCUGCUACGACGAAGGCUACAACGCGGGCCUGUUCUUUGGUCAGUAAAAUUACUGCAUUAAUAGUGGGGUGGGGGUUCGUUCCAGGACUUCUUAGCCUUGAUUUUGGACAUCAACUAAAUUUCAAGAUA